CAGGCUCCAGGCUCUGAGCCAUCAGCCCAGAGCCCGACGCGGGGCUCGAACUCACGGACCGAGAGAUCGUGACCUGGCUGAAGUCGGACGCUUAACCAACUGCGCCACCCAGGCGCCCCCGUCUGAUAUUUCUAUACAACCUAGUUUCUGUUGUAUAUUCUCAUAAUUUUAAUCUUUGGUUUUGGGUGCUUUUCUCUGAAUAACAUAUAGUUGUCUCUUCAUAGUCUUAAGGGUUUUAUCUUUUACGGUGGGUGAUUUACUAAUAAUGAAUAUAAAUAAAUUAAUGAUAUAUUUUUAUUUUCCUCCAGUCAUCUUAUUUUAUGUACCAUUUUUGUUCUGCCUUGAUUCUUUAUAACAUUUACCAUAUGAUUUAUUUCUUUUAAUUCCACCAGUAUUGUAAAAUUAAAUAUUUGUGUUUAAUUCUAUUGGUUAUUUUUACCAGCAAGCUAGCCAACUUCUCUUUAAUCUGUAAUUCUUCUCUGUUUGUCAGAAUCAUGAGUUGAAUAGUGAGAACUGUUUUCUGGUUCAAGAUUGUGGAUUUAGCACAUGUGGACUCAUGGUCUUGUUUCUUCUUAAAUCCCGUUAAAAUAGAUUAGGUAGAUAUGAAGAGGUGUCAAUUUAAAACAGCAAGGAGAAAAGGAAAGGAAGAGUUAAGGGUUAUCAGUAGACAUGUGAUUUGGCCACUUUUCUGGAAGAUGGAAAAUGGAUGUUGGUGGAUUAAAACCAUAGCCCAGAGUGUGCUGAAGAAGAUCCUCCUCAAUCUCUCAUCUGAUGGCUGUGCAGUUGGAAAGCUAGCUCCUUACCAGCUCUUCCUGAAAAUAAACCUGCCUGUCGAGUGUUCUUCCUAGGCUUUGGGAAGAAACCUUGAUAUUACACCUGUGUUAAUAGGAAGCUGUUGAUUGAGAUUUCUGUUACAAAGUCUUCCUGUCAGGAGUAAGUCACUUUAUAAAACGAAAUUGAGAGCUUGUAAUCAUAGAGUGCUGUUUUUCAAUCUUAAACUUUUGACCAAGAAUGAAACUAUUUAAAAGUUAAGAUGCCAACAGAUCACGAAGAGGCCUGUGGUCCCAGUCACAGGUCAUUUUGCCUGAAUGGAGGGAUGUGUUAUGUGAUACCCACUAUUCCCAGCCCAUUUUGUAGAUGCACUGAAAAUUAUACAGGAGCUCGUUGUGAAGAGGUUUUUCUCCCAAGCUCCAGCAUCCAAACUAAAAGUGACCUGUUUGCAGCUUUUGUGUCAUUGACUAUUCUUCUAGGAACUCUUAUCACUGGAGCCCUCUACUUCCUUUUCAGGAAGGGCCACCUUCAGAGGGCCAGUUCAGUCCAGUAUGAUAUCAACCUGGUAGAGACAAGCAGUACCAGUGCCCACCACAGUCAUGGAGAACACUGAAGAAAUAUCACACUGAACAAAAUCAUUCCUUGUUUGUCACAAAGGCAGAAAAUGAAACUCCAUAAGGCCUUAUAUGACCUAUUCUGUCUCCACCAAUAAUUGAUCGCCCCAGGUAUCUGAGUCUGUAGUCACCUUGCGGCUUUUACAAGUAAUGCCUGCCACUCUUCCUGCCUGAUUUCCAAGUUAAUGGCAAAAUAGAGGUGAGCACUUAAGACAUACACAAUAAUUUGCAAAUAAAGUCUACUCUACCUCUUCUGGUUUGAAGGUAGGAACUGGAAACCAGGCCUCUGCCACUUUUUAAAUAAGACUGCCACUGCACUGGGACAAAGGCAAGUAAAAUAUCUCAAAAUUUUCCUAUCAUUUUGAAGAUGAUUUUUCUUCACUGGACAUGGUCUUGUUUGCUGUAAUCUUUUAUUGUUUUCCAGGGCUCUGACGGUGCUGGUUCAUAUAGUUGCUGUUGGUUUUGUUGGGGAACAAGAGCUUAGAUUGUCCAAGUCCACCAUUUUGCUGGUGUCACUCAGGAUUUUCAUUAAGCAAACUCAUACUCAGUUUCUACAAAUGAAAGUCAAGUCAGUCAUCUAAACAUCUCAAUUUCCAAUCAAGAGGAUUUAGUCUUCUGUUUCCAAUAAAUCUGAAUUUAUGGUGGUGCUAAUCUGGUUAGAUUGUGUGGGCACAAAAUGCCGAAAGUAGUUUUAUUUUUUUGUCAAAAAUUUCUGUAGAAUGUAUGGAAAAUUAUCAGAUUUGUAAAAGGGUUUCACAUUCUUUGUAUGUUCAAUGUGUUAAAUUAGCAACAUAUUUCUGUGGCAUUGUGAUCUCUC